AUGUUUGAAAGUAUAGAGGCUAAUCCGUCACUGACUGCAUCACAUCAAGAUGAAGUCAUGCACAAAAAUGUAGAAAGUAAACAACAAUCGAAUCGUAUGUUGUAUGCUGGUAUGAUUGCAAAAAUGAAUUGUAUGCUGAACAAAUUAAAUAAGUUUACAGGAUCGGUAAUGACCUCACCGAUCAUGACACAGAAUAGUGAAGCAAAAGUAGAAGAAUAUGGAACAGGAAGACUAUUAACGUUAAAAGCAAAUACUUCCUCGGAGCAUACUCUUCCAAUAACUUCGGAUCUGACGAAGCAUGAAAUAAAGUAUGUAGAAAAUACAUCAUCGGAAUUUCUAGUAAAUGGUACGAAACGUUUAAUUAUGAUAUCACCUUCCUCAGAAGCUCCAGUAUUCCACCGAAAACACUCAGAAAGUCCAGCACAAUUCUUGAUCCACGUUCAAGAGUAUGUUAAAUCAGUACGUCUUUAUGAUCGUCUUACAUUAGUCAACGGUAUUUCACAGUUUCUACGAGAAUCAGCUCUAGAAUGGUACUGUCAAUUACGUCUGUCAUAUCGUCAACCGCAAACAUGGGAAGAAUUUACAGAAUUAUUUCUGGCACAAUUUAAUACGCCGAUUCGUAGAGCACGUCAAGAAACAGAAUGGGAACAAAAACCAAAUGAAACCGAAACCGAUCUAGUCAAACAUCUUUUAUGUCGAAUACGCAACGACUUAUUCAAUAUGAUAAGAAUAUCUCGUAAUGCUUCAUUAGAUGAAAUAAUUGCUGAAAUUCAACAAGUAGAAGAUAUUUUAUAUCGUCGAGCCAAGGAUGAACAAUUAUCAAAUCAACUAGAACAACUAUCACUUCAGAAGAUCGAAACAUUACCAAACAGGCGUUAUAACAAAUGCGAUUCACAUAAAACAACACCGAGGUUGAUUCGAACAAUUAUUGAACUUAUGGCAAACGAAAAUUAUUAUCAAACCAUGUAUUCACAAUAUGUAGGACCUAUCGAUAUUGCUAUCAAAUCUAUUUGCAAAAAUCAUACAUUUUCUGAAUUAUAUGAAAUAGCCGCGUUAUGCAAUGUACUUCAAUGUAAUAUACGAAGUAUUUAUCCAAAAAUUGACUUUCAGCACUAUACAGCCUUGUGGCAGAGUGUCUUUACAACUGUUCCACCUGUUAUCGCUAAGUAUAGUAUUGCAAUUUUGUGGUCACAUGCCCAAAAUGAAAACGAUGCUCGAAUCAUGAAUAAUAGUACAUGGAGCCCAAAUCAUUUUGUUCCACUUCUAUCACUAAAUAGCCAAAAUGAGUCUAACGACUACUAUAACUCAAUGUUAAUAUAUUCUGCUGUUCAAAUAAGAAUACCUGAAUAUCAAUCUUCUCCCAGUAGACGAGUACGAAUUGAUGACAGCAUCGAGAAGGAUCCCGCUGAACCAAUUAUUUCAGGCUCGGUACAAAAUAGAAAAACUGAUCAAGAAAAUCAACGUCAAAUUCAACUUGAGAAGAAAAGACAACGCAACCGAUCCAGUCGUAUGAGCGAAACAGAAGAACAACGUCAGAUUCGACUCGAGAAAGCAAGGGAACGAAAUCGAUCAAUUCGCAUGAACGACACAGAAUAA